AUGACAAUCCUCUCCAUCCUUCUCUCAACUCUGCUAACCCUCCUUCUCCCCCCUCUUCUCUUCCUAACCUGGUACCUCCACAUCCCCCGAACUCUCCCCAACCUCCCCCGAAUCCCAAUCUACGUCUCAAUCCUCGGCCUCUGGUCCUCACUGGGACAGGACGAGAUCUACGAACGCUGGUUCCGGACCCCCCUAGAGAAACACGGUGCCGUGAUAGUCUGGUUCGCCGGACGAUGGAGUAUCCUCGUUUCAAGACCGGAUUGGUUAACCGAUAUGUUCCGCAAUGAACAACUCUACGCGAAAUCAGGGAGUCAGAUUAAGAUCCCGCAUGCUGUUAUUGCGACGCUUGUUGGGGAUAAUAUUAUCAAUGCACAUGGCGAGAAUUGGAGACUUUAUACGGGGAUUAUGAAGGCGGGAUUGCAGAAGAAGGUUUUUGAAACGAGUUCUUUGUUGAAACAGUCGAGGAAGUUGGUUGAUGUUUUGCUUGAAUUGCAGAAAGGGACUGGUGUUGAUAGUGGGAUUUUGGUUAAUGAUGAUGUACAGAAAUGGGCUGUGGAUGUUAUGGGUGAGAAUUUUCUGGACUUGGAGUUGAAGAGCCUGGGCCAACCAAACGGCACCGUCCGAAUCGAAUCUCUCCAAUCAAUUAUCAAAGCAACCCUCUUCAAACCAAUGUACUUCAGCUUCCCCGAUCUCGACCACUUCCCCUGGCUCCUCCCAUCCCGUAAACGCGCCUACAACAUCAUGCACGAAUUCGAUAACCGUCUCUACGACAAGAUAAUGGCAAUGCUCCACAAACGCGAUGAAACAGAUCACACCGAAGAAAUGGUCUCACAUAUGCUCGGCAAAGCCUACAAAUCCGGCCUCGUAACCGAGAAGCAAUUCCGAGACAAUCUAAAAAUAACCUUCCUAACAGCUCAUGAAAACGCCCAACAACUCGUAACCUCAAUGUUCUGGCAACUGGGCACACGACUCGAUAUCCAGGAUCGACUACGGGUUGAGAUCCUCGAAACGGCAAAAACACACCCGAACCCAUCACAGGAAAUCAUCAAUAGUCUACCGUAUCUCACAGCCGUGGUGUUGGAACUACUUCGUCUAUUCCCACCUGUUUGUCAACUGAUUAACCGUGUUGCAUUGCAACCUGCGAUGCUGGGUGGAGAACUUCCUAUUGCGAAGGGGACGUUUGUAGGAUGGAAUGCGUGGGCGGUGCAUAGUAACCCCGCUGUCUGGGGUGAUGAUGCGCGAGAGUUCCGGGCUGAGAGGUGGGGGGAGAGUAUUGAGGAGAUGCAGGGGAGGUUUCGGAGGGAGACUGUCAAGGGGACUUAUAUUCCGUUUAAUGCUCAUAAGCGCAAGUGUCUCGGGCAGGGGUUUGCGUUGUUGCAGGUGAAGAUUUUGUUGUUUGUUUUGCUUGGGAGGGUUAGUUGGGUUGUUGAUCCUGGAUAUCGGUUGAAGAUGACGCCGGGCGGGAUCUUGGCGCCGCUGGGUUGUCGGGUUAUGUUGACCGAGCUGAAGUCGUGA